AGUUUGGGGCCCAGUAUGAAGAUGAGCACGAAUCCCGAACAGAGAACUUGAACUAGUCAGUGAUCGGUUUGGCAUUCGGAAGCAGCAGUUAUCUUCUUCUUCUCUUCUGAAAAUCACGAGUAAUUUGUGUGCGAAGGAGAAGAUGCAGAUAUUUGUCAAAACCCUAACAGGGAAGACUAUCACCCUAGAGGUCGAGAGCAGUGACACCAUCGACAAUGUCAAAACCAAGAUUCAGGAUAAAGAAGGCAUCCCUCCUGAUCAGCAGAGGUUGAUUUUUGCUGGUAAGCAACUGGAAGAUGGCCGAACGCUUGCUGAUUAUAACAUCCAAAAGGAGUCCACACUUCACCUUGUUUUGAGGCUUAGGGGAGGAACUAUGAUCAAGGUGAAGACUCUCACUGGGAAAGAAAUUGAAAUUGAUAUUGAACCAACUGAUACCAUUGAUCGCAUUAAGGAACGGGUUGAAGAGAAAGAAGGAAUUCCUCCAGUUCAGCAAAGGCUUAUAUAUGCCGGAAAGCAACUUGCAGAUGACAAGACGGCACGUGACUACAAUAUCGAGGGUGGCUCUGUGCUGCAUCUUGUGCUUGCACUGAGGGGUGGCCAUCUUUAGAUGGUGCUUCUAAUAUUAGAAACAAAACUGCUCCUUUAUACUUUUCUUUGCAUAAAUCAAAUGGAUUUGCAUUUGAUUUGUUGAUGAAUGCAUGGACAUACAUGACUUGGUUUCCUCCAACAGAGAUGUUUGAAUACUUGUCUAUAUUAUCUACCUUCUUCGGGUUUAUGUGUGGCCUCA